UACCCAGCAGUUUAUAUCUAGUUUUCAAACUUCACUCCUGAAUAAAUAGUAGAAUAAUCAAAUUCAAGCAAUGAUAAAGGAACCCGAUGAGAAGCGGUUGGAUCGCCACUUCAGGCAACAACUGGAGGAAUAUGAUACGAUCUUCAAGCAGGAAGCUUGCGUGUCGGAUCAAUGCAUUAUUUCAUGUUGGCUGCAGAUCUUCAAGGCAGCGCCCAAGGCAGAAAAGUGGGCUAGGAAUAGUUUGAUGCUGUUGAUGUACGGCCACCUGAAGGAGGUUGGCUAUCUACAGGUGCCCUUUACGGAUAGGCGCAACGUGGGCCGGAAUCUUAAUGAAAUACUGGAUGGGUAUUCGGGAUUGCCUGUGACAAAUAACGACAAAUACACACGAGUCCUAACGCCUGUUCGCGAGGAGGGGACGCCGUCUCAAACUGAAGCUGAAGACUUGACGAAAGCCAGUGAAGAGUUCACUCCCAAGAGCCAGACUUCUAAGCAACUAUUGAGAGCUCCGUCAAAUAUCGCAGAGAACACACUCGACGAUGGGAGCAACGGGCAUACUACGAGCUUCGCUUCUCUCUCUCAGAACUCUCACAACGUGCUAUACGACACCUUCGAUUCCCACACGUGCUACCUACACAAGGGUGAGCUUGAUGAGUGUGCGGCGGAGAGCAGGAGAAUGCUGGCGGUGGAAGCUGUAAUUCAAUCUAUGCAACGGCUGAAUAGAACUUCAUUGGACGUUAUACCCGAAGAGGGAGCCAACACGGUGACUGCUGAAGAUCACUGCUAUGCGAAGCUUGUCACGAACAUUUUCAAGGCUAACAAAAAGAAGUAUAACGAAAGGCAGCUUGAGGAAAAUACUUCCAGUCUAGGUUCUAGCGAGCCGAUGGCAGAGCCCAAAGCAACUGUGGCUAGGCCAAAGGCGACAGUUCUCAUAAAGCCAACUUCAAGGCGCUCGACAGCGCGUGAACCGCCUGUAGAAUCGGCUAGACGUGAAGCCUGCGAUGCUGAGUUGAUGUUUCUGCGCCAACGCAACAAGCAGCUGCGGCGCGAGUGCCUCAUCUACUACCACAAGAACGGGAAUCUACGCAAACAUCCCAAGUACCCGAAGCCCAAGCUGCAGACUGUGGGGUUUCUAGUGUCCGCCUAUCGAGCGCAUUAUCAUUUCACUCGCUGGCAUCCACAGAUCAGCCAUCGCUUUCCCCAGGAGUACAGUCGGACGAAUGGCUGGCGCACCUAUCGAAACAUUCUGCUAGCCAGCGCUGUGCCGCGUUGUAUCCUCCGGCAGGUGCCGGACUCCGAACGCUCCUGCACGACCCACCACAUACCACACAUAUCGCCGGUUAAGAUGGGCGACAGCCGAAUCAGCACAUACGAGCUGCACUACCUCUUAGCCCGACUAAAGGCCAAAAAAUUAAGCAUUGGUAGGGAAUUUGCAUUGUAAGCCAACAAUGCAAGCUAAAAUAAAAUUAAACAAAAACGAAUA